AUGGAGAACGAAGACCCUCAACUCUAUCAAUAUGGCACGCCUCAGCCUAGCAAUUCCUUUAAGCGUCCGCGCCGGAGUCUUCAAAGCUCAAUGCCCUUGAGUAGCGUAUCCGAAAGCGCGACCUCGUCACCCCGAAUAUCUGCCCACGGAUCACUGAACCCUACCGUUAUCGACCACAUACAUGGCUUGAAACAUCUGGACGACCAACAGAUCUUGCUGUUGCUGCAAGCGGCGCGUAAUGGAGGUUCGUGUCAUCAGCAAGCCCCGGGCUUCGCGUCGUCUCACGCGUACGCAGAUGGCAUGCGAGUACCUGACAGGUCGUCCAUGAUGUCGACUUCGACAAUGAGUAGCCGUGCAUCAUCUUACCUGAGUGUCCCUUCCAGCCGAGUUCCAAGCAUGUUGUCAGACCCUCGCUCAUCGAUCGCCUCAACCGACUCAUCCUUCACGCAUUACAGCGCUGCCUCUUCGCGCAUGUCCACGGCAUCUUCCCGGCUUUCUACUAUCUCUACCGCGUCGACGCCAGCACCGAAAAACUUCGCUUGUACGUUUUGCGACAAAGCUCUCAAGUCAAAGCCAUAUUGGAAGUCCCACGAGGAGGAAUUCCACGAGCAGAGACUUACGUGGCGCUGCCCGGAUUGCGAGCAGAUAUUCCAUGCUGGCAAACGCUUUCGGGAGCACCACACAAAACUUCACGGCUGCGAGCAUUGCAAACAACCGCGAGAGAGUGGGCAGCCCACCAGCAGGAAAGCUUCACCCUGUGUCAAGAAGUACGAGAUUGUUAUGCACGACAAGGAUGCCUGGGGCUGCGGCUUCUGUGCAGCUCUGCUGACCACCUGGGAAGAGAGGUGUGAGCACAUUGCGCUGCAUUUCGAGGAGAAGGGCGGGGCGAAAUGGAACUUCACUAACGUCAUCCUUGGCCUUUUAAAGCAAUCUGAUGCCGCGCACGCGUGGAAUAAGUUGUUGACGCAGCGCCAUGGGGACGAGCAAAAUUGGCCAAGGCUAACAUGGGAAUCAAAGAAAUGUAACCGCCUGCGAUACAAACUGGAGACCAAGUGGCACACAAGUGCUUUCGACAUCGAGAAGCUUGUACAGGAUACCUACGACCUAGCUGAAAUCGAGCCAAAGGAUGUUGUCGACUCUGCACCAGAGAUGACGCCUGAUGCGUCGGAGCAAACCGACUCAGCCCAUAGCGAGAUCGUCGAGUUCAAGUUGGAAUCAGCUGAUUUUGGCAAUGACUCGAGAUUACAUAGCUCACAUGGACUUCCACAGGACCAACAGAUGAUGGACCUGGACCCUGUCGAUCCUCCACAAGUCAUGCACCACCAGCAGUCCUUUCAACAGAACCAAUGGCCUGUUGGUGCCGAUAUGUCACAGGCUCACAUGAGUGCUGAUGCAAGCAUGGGGACAUACGGUGGCUAUAGCACGAGUAUGGCUUCCAUGUCUGCAUCAUUUACGCAGCCAAUCCCACAACAGAACUUUCAACAACAACAAACAUGGCCGAACACCGACUUCGUGUCGACACCAGACCUGAUCAACUUUCAGCAACCGACAUCGUACAUGAACUACCAGCAGCCGAAAGAAGUUGUGUCUGUUCCAACCUCGCAGUACGCCAACUUCGCUCAUUAUCCGCAACAACCACAACAACAACAACAGCAGCAGCCUCAACAAAGGCAAAGCGUUCCCCCGGAUUUUAUGCAACAUUCUGCUGGUAACCAGUCGUCGUCUCGAAAAUACGUUCCGAAGCUAGUGAACAUCUCGAAUUCAAGCCAUCGAGCUAUGCAUCCGCAACAACAGCAGCAGCAGCAGCAGCAACAACAGCAACAACAACAACCACCUGCGCCCCCGCCCAAGGACGAGUCGCAAGGAAAUCGUUUUUCGAGGAUGAUCAUGCGAAGGAAGCCAAGCAAUAUUUCACAACACAGCGUUCAGAGGGACACGAUGAGCUGGAAUAAUGAAAUGAACUGGGGAUGA